AUGUCCAGAUCUAACAGUGUGAGCCCACCCGGCGCUAGCGCUCCUGGACUUAGGGGAGGGACGGAACUCCGAUCUGCUUGGGGUGAGUCUGAGCCCGUGGCAAACGGAUGUCCAUACUCGUCCAGAUCCUCCAGCAAAAAGCUCAUACGGUCCAACAGUCGCUGGAUUGAGGAGGAUGACUUCGAGCGACCACCGGGCCGAACCACGACAACCGUUAGCCGGGUUAGUUUCAGAUCCAAGUCUGCGUGGCAAGAACAUGGGAAGGAGAGUUGCAACAAUAACCAAUCGUCCCCGAGGUACCGAGAUGGAGACGUGAGACCCAAGUCGGUGGAGUUAGGUUUGAAGGACAAGAGAAGCAACUUUAAGCCCGAGGAGGAGCUCAUGCCUGAAGUGGUGAACUUUUCAAUGGUCGCGUGCUGCCACGGCGUGAUGCAGAUCUUCAAAUCCAAGAAAUUCCAGUCGGAGAAGUUGGAGAGGCUUUACCAGCGAUACUUCUUCCGGCUCAAUCAGAGCAGCCUGACGAUGCUCAUGGCCGUUCUAGUGCUGGUGUGCGCCGUGAUGCUGGGCUUUCACCUCGCCGGAGGAGAGUAUCAGCUCACUUACGUGGUUGUUUUCUCCACGGCGAUAUUGCUCAUCCUCACGCUUAUUCUCGUGUGCAACAGGAACGGCUUCCAUCAGGAUCACAUGUGGAUAAUUUGCUAUGUGGUUAUUUUGGUGGUGCUGCUCGUGCAGGUGAUCGGCGUGCGGUUCGUGAAGCCGCGGAGCGCGUCUGAAGGUAUCUGGUGGACCGUGUUCUUCAUCCAUGUGAUUUACACUCUUCUACCGGUGCGGAUGAGAGCAGCGGUCAUCUCUGGAAUUAUACUGUCUGCUGUACACGUGCUGAUCUCAUGGAAGUUAAACGAAACGGACGUCUUUUUAUGGAAACAGCUUGUAUCCAACGUCCUGAUCUUCUCCUGCACUAAUAUAGUUGGCGUGUGCACACACUAUCCAGCGGAAGGCUCGCAGAGACAAGCUUUUCAGGAGACCAGAGAAUGUAUUCAAGCUCGACUGCACUCUCAGAGAGAAAACCAGCAACAGGAACGCCUUCUACUCUCUGUGCUUCCUCGACAUGUCGCCAUGGAGAUGAAAGCUGACAUAAAUGUCAAACAGGAGGAUAUGAUGUUCCACAAGAUUUACAUUCAGAAGCAUGACAAUGUGAGUAUUCUCUUUGCCGACAUUGAGGGUUUCACCAGUCUUGCUUCCCAGUGCACUGCCCAGGAGUUAGUGAUGACGCUUAACGAACUCUUCGCACGAUUCGACAAACUGGCCGCUGAGAAUCACUGUCUGCGCAUAAAGAUCCUGGGUGACUGUUACUACUGUGUGUCUGGCCUGCCAGAGGCCCGAGCUGACCAUGCACACUGCUGUGUCGAGAUGGGAGUGGACAUGAUUGAAGCCAUCUCGUUGGUGAGGGAAGUCACCGGAGUCAACGUCAACAUGCGUGUGGGCAUACACAGCGGGCGAGUCCACUGUGGGGUGCUGGGAUUAAGGAAGUGGCAGUUUGAUGUCUGGUCCAACGAUGUCACCUUAGCUAAUCAUAUGGAAGCUGGGGGCAAAGCUGGGCGUAUCCAUAUCACUAAGGCCACCCUGAACUACCUAAAUGGGGAUUAUGAUGUGGAACCUGGAUUUGGUGGAGAGAGAAACGUCUAUCUCAAGAAGCACAACAUUGAAACCUACCUUAUAGUUGGCUGCAGCCAGAAACGGAAAGAAGAAAAGGCCAUGAUUGCUAAGAUGAACCGGCAGCGAACCAACUCAGUCACCCAUAAUAGCACUCACUGGACUGAUCGGCCCUUCUACAAUCACCUGGGUGCCAAUCAGGUUUCUAAGGGGAUGAAGAGGAUGGGCUUUGAAGAUCCGAAAGACAAACAUUUCAUUUUCAGAAACACGCAAGAAAGCCUGAACCCUGAAGAUGAGGUAGAUGAGUUCCUGGGUCGCGCCAUUGACGCCCGGAGCAUCGACCGGUUACGGUCUGAACAUGUCAAGAAGUUUCUGCUGACUUUCCGAGAACCUGACCUGGAGAAGAAGUACUCCUUACAGGUAGACUCCAGGUUCGGAGCAUACGUUGCCUGCGCUUCCCUCGUCUUUUUAUUCAUCUGCUUCAUUCAGAUCAUCAUUGUACCACACUCAAAGCUGAUGGUGGUCUUCUUUAUACUGUGUCUGGUCCUCCUGAUGGUUGUCAUGUUCAUCUCGGCCAUUUACUCCUGUUUUGGGUUUUUUCCUGUGGCUCUACAAACUAUGUCCAAAAGGAUCGUCCAGUCCAAACUCAACAGCACCCUGGUGGGAGUUUUUACAAUCAUCCUGGUCUUUCUAUCUGCUUUCAUUAACAUUUUCACAUGCAGUACAGAUGACCUGAAGACGUGUUUAAGGCAGGAGUUUAAUAUCAGCCCCAGUAAAGUGAACGCUUGCCACGUCCUCAGUUCUUCCUUUAACUACUCUCUCUGGUCUCAGGAAAGUCUGUGCAACGGCUUGUCACCCACCUGCAAUUUCCCAGAGUACUUCUCCUCAUGUGUGCUGCUGAGCUUGCUGGCAUGCUCAGUGUUCCUGCAGGUCAGCAGUAUUGGGAAACUUUUUCUCAUGGUCUUCAUUGAGGUCCUGUACGUGCUCAUCAUUGAAGUACCCGAGGUCAGCCUGUUUGACAAUGUGGAUCUGCUGGUCAUGGCCAAUGCCAUUGAAUUAAUCAAUGGAACAAGUAGCUGUGAGAAAGAAAUGAGGGUUCCUCUGAAGAUCAUGACUCCAGUUGUCAUUACGGUCUUUGUGCUGGCACUGUACCUUCAUGCACAGCAGGUGGAGUCCACUGCCAGACUGGACUUUCUCUGGAAGUUACAGGCUACAGAGGAGAAGGAGGAGAUGGAGGAACUUCAGGCCUACAACCGUCGGCUACUCCACAACAUCUUGCCCAAAGAUGUGGCGGCUCACUUUUUGGCGCGCGAGCGGCGGAACGAUGAACUGUAUUAUCAGUCAUGUGAAUGUGUGGCUGUGAUGUUUGCCUCCAUCAGCAACUUCUCUGAGUUCUAUGUGGAACUGGAGGCCAAUAAUGAAGGUGUGGAGUGCUUGAGACUACUCAAUGAGAUCAUCGCUGACUUUGAUGAGAUCAUUAGUGAGGAUCAGUUUCGUCAGCUAGAAAAGAUCAAGACCAUUGGCAGCACAUAUAUGGCUGCAUCUGGCCUUAACGACUCCACUUAUGAUAAGGCAGGAAGGUCGCACAUUCGUGCUUUGGCAGACUACGCCAUGCGCCUCAUGGACCAGAUGAAGUACAUCAAUGAGCACUCUUUCAAUAACUUCAAAAUGAAGAUUGGUCUCAACAUGGGUCCCGUCGUGGCUGGUGUCAUAGGAGCCCGUAAACCGCAAUAUGACAUAUGGGGGAAUACUGUGAAUGUUGCCAGCCGGAUGGACAGCACUGGGGUACCUGAAAGAAUACAGGUCACAACAGACCUCUACCAGGUUCUCAGCUCGUAUAACUACACACUGGAGUGCAGAGGGGUUGUUAAAGUGAAGGGCAAAGGAGAAAUGACAACCUACUUCCUGAACGGAGGACCCAACAGCAGUUAACACUCAGCGUCUGAUAUUUAGAACAGUUGAGAUGAAAUGGGGAGCAGAUGUCAGGAGUGUGGCCAGGCUGUUGACGGGCAUCCUCAUGGAGCAAUCAGAAAAUAAUUUGUUCAGAAAACAGCCCUAAUGAAAUCAGCAAAUGGCCUCUUUGCACACGGAGACUUCCUAUAGGAUUAAUGGAGGCUACACCCCCUUUAUUUAAGGUAUGGAACAGUUUAGAACAAUAGUCCAUCCACCGAAACAAGGUCAAUUGAAGAGACCAAAGAAACAAAAGGAAUCUCAAGGCAUACAAAGCAGUUUUCCCAGUCUUAUAUUUCUUAUAUUACCAAGAGAGGACAGAUGACUUUGGCUCUCUCAGGUAAUAAGUGCGGCAGGACUGCGUUCCUCUUCGACCAACUGAUUCCGGCGCUCCAAAACAAAACCGCAUGAAAACACUGAAGCCUAUAUACCUGUAGAAUACAGCUGUUUUAUGUGUAUAUAAUUCAACGGUGGGUGUGAAGAGUGCUGUUUAUACAGUCUUAUUGCGUUCAAAACUGUCUAGGUGAUAUCACAAUACAUAGAGAUAUCACAAUGAGCUAUUACAUGGUUAGAGGUCCAUAAUGGGCACAGCAGCACUAUAAACCCUUUAUGGUUUCCGAACUCUUCUGCAGCGACUGUGGUUGUUACUGGUAAAGGAGCUAGAGUCGACAGUAUUACCUCUUUGAGUGCUAAAGAGUCGUAAUGCUUUGUUAUUGUGUGUUCCGAACACACACAAUUACAUUCACACCCAGUCACACUCACACUCGUGUCUACACUGAAGACACUUUUAAAGACAGAGGAAUAUGUGGCUGUUUUUGUAUUUUGAACAUUUUAUAUUUUGAUUCCAAAAGCCAAACUGUGUCACAGCUAUUUUAGAUUAUAUAUUUUGUACAAUAAUAUAUUAGAAUGAUGUCUAUAAACAAUAUAUAUAUAGAUAGACCUUAUGGAAUGCUACGUAUGUUUGGCCUUCCUUCAAAAAGGGUUUCGGUAUCCUAUGUCAAACACUUCUGCAAACAUUUAUUUUAACCUUGUGUUUAGGGUGUACUGAUGAGUUUGGACCCUCUAGUGCAGGUUUAUUUAACUUCAGUCCUGGUGGACCACUGUCCUGCAUAGUUUAGUUCCAACCCUAAUCAUAUACACCUGCCUCUAAUAUUUAAGUAACCAUUAAGACCUUUAUUCCAUGGUUGAGGUGUGUUUGUUAAGGAUUGGAGCUAAAUUCGUUAGGGUGAUGGCCCUCUAGGACCAGAGUUAAAAUGCCCUGCUCCAGGGAAAUGUUUUCUGUUAUAACACAUAUCUUUGCCAUUUUUGCACCGCAGCUCAUCAAGCCUUUCCCUUCCCUCACUGUUCAGUCCGAUGGUACGACCCAAUGAAUGUCCAUUUUCUCCAAUGAGGCCUUUGUAUGUGAAGAAGUGGAGCUUGUGCACCUGUGGCUUUUCCAGAAACAUGGCUCUGGGUGUGCCAUGGGAAAACAGGGUGUGCAAGAAACUGAAGCACUAUAAUGUCAUGUAACGUUAACAACCAUUGCUUAAAUGUCCUUUUAGCUAUCAAUAAUUUUUCAGGCCUGUGUUACAUUAUGGCGACUUAAAGCUAAACUAUGUAACCUGUUCAGUGUUAAAAUACUUUCUCCUAUCCAAUCUUAAAAUGCAGAUAUAACGAUAAGUAAGCUAUUCAUAUGUUAAAGGUGCACUCAGUAAGUUUUUGUUCAUGUCGUCUUGGACUUACACUGCCACCUAGGGGCAUGGAUGCAGUAUCAUUUAAACACAAUCGUUUUCGGUUAUAGAUGUCAUCGUAAAUAAUCAGUACUCACAGUAGUAAGCCAUGAUUUAAUUUAAUCCACAGGUGAACGUGUCCAAUAACAGGAUGGUUACUGAGAUUAAGCGAGUAGUGUUUGGCUGGUCAUGUGAUCUUAACAUGGCAGCCCCCAUGAGGGGAGCCUCUCCAUGUAGAAUAAAACAGCUUUCAUUAGGUUGCUGCUAUUACUAGAGUCUUCAUCUCUAGUGAGUCAUGACUUUAUACAAUUGUUCAAAAUUACUAUGACUUUAUUUAGGACUAAAACUUUUUUAAUGAGGAAAAGAAUUGCAUUUGUUGGGGGUGGAGCUAUCAACGGUUUAAGAAUGGCGUGUUCAGAAAGCUGUUUUAAAUCAAAGUGCAAAUCCACUCAGUGUCAUUCUUCAUACUUCCGCUUUAAUGUAGGCCUAUUUUAAUAAUUAUAAUACUUUUAUCAAUGGAGUUGGCAGGCCUGUUAAUGUAUCCAUUUAUUAGGCUUAUAUUUUCCAUUUUAGUCUUGACAACUGAAAUCUGUCACAAAUUGACUGAUUGUUUUGGAACGAUUUCUAAUUAUUUUCCAAAAUAUGCUGAAGACAAAAAAUGUACAUGGAGUAGCAAUUUGCGCUGUACUGGAAUAUUAUAAAUACACAAGGCUUUACAUUGACUGGAUCAAAAAUAUAAUUUUGGAUAAGAAAUUGAUGUGUGAUACAUUGUGGAACCGAAGAACAGCAGUCAGAAGAUUCAAAAUCUUUAUUGAAGAUUCUUUACAUUUAGGAAGCACCGGGAUGUUUGGUUUAUGCAUGACUGCAAAUAUAAACAGAAAAAAUUAUAUUAAUGUUACAUUAAACAUUGAGCUUCUUUGAUUAAAGAAUAACAAUGGAUGCAAAAUUCAAUAGGUCCACUCAGUAUUUCUGUGUUGCGCUGACACCUACAAUAGCGGUGAAGAUGCAGCAUCAUGCAAAAGUCAAAGGGCCUAUUUAGUCACUUCAUGCGUUUUACUGAUCGGAUUGCUAUCUGAUUGAAAAAGUUAAUUCCAUUUACACUCGGCCACAUGUGUGUCUCUGCCAAACAGAUAUAAAUCCGGUCUUCAAUUCCCGCACUAAAUGCAAAUAAAACAGUUCACUUCCGUGAUUAUGCUAAUUGAAUUGCAGUGAAUUUAAUAGAUUUGCUUUUAUACUUGAUUCCAUGUAAAUUUUCACAGCACGCGUGUGUCUGUGUAAGGGCGCACUGUGUUUUAUCCCUCUGAGCUUCUCGUAAGAUGCGUCAGCUGUGCUCAUGUUUGUGUUUAGUUUCAGUUUCAUCAGUGAUCUGCAUCAAAUAAUUGAGGAAAAAACAUCUCUAUCUCCUACAACCUGCAUUCAUUUCUUCCUUUGUUAUUAUUUACUGUGCGACAUGAGCCUAUGCAAAUAUCUGGUGACAGCUGUUAAGUUUCGCAUUUUUCCUAUCAUGACCUAGCACUGUUCAGGCAUGGUAAAGUUUACAUAUGUGAACAGCCAGAUGCAUUUAGACUUGACCAGUUUUGCCUAGAAUGCAUCUCAGACCACCUCCUGAAGUGCUCUGAGCGAUCCUAUUGCAAUCUGUCUCAAAUGCGUUUUGGAGGGCAUAUAAACCUGGACUUUUUAUGAUCAAAUGUCUAUCUGAUCAGUGAAAACACAUGGAGUGGCUAAGUGUAAACAGGCCCAAAUAGUGCCAUUGUUGCAAGCGCGCAUGUAAUCUGCAACGUCUCAGAAAAAACAACACUUUGGGUGGGCAAGCUGACAUUUUGUGUGGCAUUUGCACACCCUGGCACACCCAUGGCUACGCCACUGUUGUGCACACAUGCAUACUCCAUAAAGUGACAUAUGUUUGUUUGUUUUUACAUUAUUGCUUUACCUGUUUCAGAUCUUCAGUGUAAGAAUUGUGCAAAGUACAUUCAGAUAGGAUUACAAUAUAAUAUGUUGGAACUGUAUGUAAUAAUCUGCAUUUCCUAAGCCUGUCUCAAUCAUGUGCUAUCAAACAUUCAACUAAACUAUUUGGUCUUCUUAUCACUUCCCAAAACUCACCCCAGUCUUUACUUUCCUCGAAAUAAUCAGUGCCAUUUUCUUACCUGUAAUUUUAAAAUAAAACUUGGUUAAAUGUUUUAGUAUUUCAUGCCAUGAUAUAUUUGUAGUGCUAGGUGAUGUUGGUGCCAUAUUAAUUCUUAAAUUGAAUGAAUUUCCUGUCUCAUCCGAACCAAGAGAAAACGGGUCAAAGAUUUCCACUGCUGAGAGGGCUACUGGUGCUUACUAUUCAAGUGGAUUGUUCGAUUCACUAGAGCUACUUUCUUGGGUUUUCUUUGCUUCUCUGCCAUGUCAAAACUCAAUUUCUUUUUACAUCCAAAUAAACCACUAUAAUGUU